ACUCCGCCCGCCUCCUGGUCCAGGGCCAGGCACACCACCGCGUCGCGGCCGUGCCAAUAUAGUAGUAGGAGAGCACUAGCUGUAUGCCAUGGUAGUGGCGCCACCACUUGUACGCCGCCUAUAGUAUCCGGCCGCCUCGCCGCUCGCCUCUCUUCCAUCCCCAGCCACCUCGCGGCACCGAACUGGGCGGGGGCGACCAGUGGCCGGCCGGCCCCAGCGCGGAGCUGCUGCGCGCGCGUGCGGACCUAACGCGCCCUUUCCGCUAGAGUAAAGGCUCGCCACCUGCCCUGCUGCCGCUAUCUGCUCUGCUCUGCUUGCUCCAGCAGCAAGUCUAAGAGCGAGGCAGCGACGGUCGGGUUCGGCGCGGCUCGGCUGAGCAAGCGCGGGUGAUCCGGCCGGCGGCGCCAUGAGCAGCAGGGAGCAGCAGCAGCCGCGGCGGUUCAUCGCCAUCCCCUUCUCCUCCGGCUGCCGCUCCCACUCCAGCGUCGACGUCGUCGAUACCUCGCGCCACGCCGGCAAGAAGCCCCACCCGCAAGGGAUUGAGUUCGGGAUGGUGCCAGGCGGUGCGUCGGCGAGGCCGGCAGCGACGGCGGGCAAGGGGGAGUCGCUGGUGGCGCGGCUCCUCCGCGGGUUCAAGAACCUGUCCCAAAUCUUCGCGGUGUACGACGAGGAAGACGAGGAGGAGGAGCGGGAGAUGGUGAUCGGGCUCCCCACGGACGUGAAGCACGUCGCGCACAUCGGCUGGGACGGCAGCACCAGCACCACCACCAGCCUCCGCUCCUGGAACCGCGCCGCGCCGCCUCCGCCGCCGGCAUCCUCCUCCUCCUCGUCCGCGUCCACCUCCGCCGCCGCGCCGCCCCAGCAGCAGCAGCACCAGCCGCCGGAGCAGUACCCGCUGCCCCUCCCGGCGCUCGACAUGCGGCAGUUCGAGCUCGCCAUGGCCGCCCAGGCCGCCGGCACCAGCGGCCCCCACCGGCAUCACAGCUAGCGUCGGAGUUGGUACACCCUUGGCUCGUCAGUCGUCACAGGCCGUCGUCCGUUUCUGCCGUCCACCUCCGUCCCCAUGUGGAGCAGGGUGGGGGCGGCCGCGAGCGCCCGGGUGGCCGGGCGGUCUGGCCUCCUCGGCUCUUCCUCCCGCCCGUUCCCCGCCCUGGUCGUCGGAGUUGGUGCCGCUGCUUCGUUUGCUUGUGCUUUGGCCAUUGGCCCAUUGCUGCGGUGCGCUGUGCUGCUGUACGUAGCCCAUUUUUCUUCCCCCGGGGAUUUCUUGUUGGCUUGCUACUUGUUCCUUACCGCCAUUACGAAAUCUUAAUUGCUCGCUUUACACGGUA